AAGUAGGACAGAGGCAAGCUGGAUAGUUAAGUCAGUGUUUUCAGUAGAGCAUUUGUCUCACUAAACUUUGGUUGUCUUAAUGGGUAAACACUGAUAUGUGGAAUGUCUGAGAGUUGUGCCGUUCCUGCUAGCUUCACUUUGUCAAUAAAGCAAAGAAAAACUUGGAAAGAGACAGAGAAGCGUCCCCCAAGACACUUUUCAGGUUCUCUAUGUUGCCAUGGAAACCAGUCAAAUUAAUCAGGCCAUCAAAUACACUGUGCACGUACAGUCCUCUUAAGGUGCACUAGGUUGUCAAUCAAGUGCAAACUGUUAUCUUGAGGUAAUUGGCAAAGGGGACCUAGGUGAAGAAGAGACUUGGAAACACCAAAAGAUGAACAGAACAAGAGAAAAAGAAGUGGAACCAGACUCAUGUGAUGGGAUUAGGGAGAGGGAGAGAUUUCCUGCAACCAGAAAAAGAGAUGGAGAGAUGGACUGGAAAGAAAGACAGAGGCGGAGAAAUAAAGAUCGACAUGCAAAUGGAAGCUCAUCAAUGUCAGAGCAGGCUGAAUAUGGAGGUCAAGACAAUGAGAGGAGAAAAGGGGACACUUUUCCUAGGAUGACAAAACCAACCAGAGUGAGAGACAGAAGGAUACCAAAUCCAGAUUAUGAAAGAGAACGUGACAUGGGAAUACGGAAGGACAUGGUGUAUAAAAAUGAAAGAGAUAAGGAAAGGAGGAGAUACAGAGACAUGGACAUGCAGGGUGAAAGAGAAAUUGCAAGAUACAGGGAGGAGUUGAGGAGAAAUGAAAUGAAAAGGCUUAUAAAGGAGGAGCCAGAUAGACAGAGGGAACGAGUGAAGGAGUUUGAUUCAGGAAUGAGAGGAAGAAGGAGAGAAAGUUAUCCAGGGGUCACUGACCUUUCAGGCAUGAGGGAAAGAGAGACAGACAGAGACAGACAUCAACAAAGAGACAGAGAGGGCAGAUAUUAUCCUCGACCCAAGGACAGAGGGACAGACAGCUUUUCAGAUAAGGAAAAGAGGACUGAAAGACAGAGAGAAGGAGAGAGAACUGAGAGACAGAGAGAGGGAGAAAGAUCUAGGAAAAGAGAUACAAAAAGCGAAGGAGACAGUGAUGGAGACAGGGGUAAGGAAAGGAAGAGAGAAGAAGAUGCUAAACAUAGACAUAAACACUACAAGAGUGAAGGAGACAGUGACGCAGAGCAAAGGGUAGACAGAGUUAGAGAGAGAGACAGAUGUAGAGAGAGAGAGUCCGAGGGAUGGCGAGACAUGGCAAUGCCUAGAGAAAGAGAUUAUCGGGAGAAAGAUUAUCAUGAUCCAAAAUGGGACAAUUUGGAACGACUCAGAGAGACAGAUAAACCAAGAGACAGAACAAGAGACUCCAAAGAGAAAAGAACAGACAGAGAUGCUUACUUAUACACAGCUGAAAGAGAAAGGUAUAGAGAUGGAGAAAGGAUAAGAGAGAGGUAUAGGUAUACUGAAAGAGAGAUUGACGAGAGGGAGAGGCGGAGGAAAGACAGAGAGACAGGGAGUAGUAAGGUGGAGAAGUGUGGACAAAGUAGUGAAGAACUGAUUUCAGGAACUGAUAUUGAGAGUGAAAAAAGGAGGGCAAUGAGAGAUAAACUUGAGGACAGAGACAGAGAAAACGCAUAUGAGACUGAUAUAGAAAGAUUGAAGGAAAGAACUAAGGAUGAGCAGGAAGUAAUGAGUAAACUGAAGGAAGGAGAGAAGAGUGAAAUCUUUGCUGCUGAGGAAGCAGUUACAAAGAAACCUAAAAACUGGAUAAGGAAAAUGUGGCUGGAACCUCGUAGUGAGAAAAAAGAAUCUUGUUUGAAAGAAGAGGACUCAAAGAGAGAGAUAGCAAGAGAGAUAUACAGUCAAAGAUACACAGAAAUCAUGAUAACUAGAAAUGAAGAAGAGCCUGAGUUAAGGAAAGCAAGCAAGAGCAAAAAUCUUGAGGACAAGUAUAGAGAACUUGAGAGGGCCGGGGAGUUUUUUUUGGAUGUGGGCAGAAAAAGGGUGGAGAAGAGGAUGGAAGAGGACAUGGCUUCUGAUAAAGAGGACAUGGAUCCAGAGUGGCAGAUGAACAGAGAGAAUGUGGCCAAUAACAUGGAAGAUAAUGACAGAGAUGAACAGAUAAGCAACAAUAGAUAUGACUACUUGGAGGAAGAUAAAGGAAGUGAGGGAGAGUCAGAAGCAGAGAAGAAAAGAAUGAUGGCAGUAGAUGAUGGAUUUGUAACGGUCUCCAGUGGAGGGGAUGGAGAGGAAGAGGAUUUUGAAGACUGCAAAGAAUUCUGGGAAGGUGGAGUUCCCGAUACGGUCUCUGGACACUCAGUAAAUGUUCAUGACAGAGAAAUUGGGGCAGAUGAAGAAAUGGAAAACCAAACCGUGAAUGAAAGCGCAGAUUGUAUGGCUCCAAAAGGACCCCUAAGAGUCUUUUGUGUGAUUGGUCAGACCCUUCCCAAUUCACAAACCAAAGAGAAUUCAUAUAUACAUCCUAGUGUUGAAGAGGCAGCCGAUCAGCAUUCAGGUCAUAACAUGGACAACCACGGUGAAAUAUGCACUGUAAAUGAAACAUUUAAAAGGGUUGAACAUUGUGAGCAGGACAUUGAAAGAGUGAUGGAUGACCUCAGUCUUUCUUCUAAUGAGGACAAAGGGGAGGGUGCAGGAAGUAAUGACCAGGCAACAGAGGGUGUAACAUCACUGGAAGGCCAAAUGAUUCCUCCUAGUGAGCGAUCAGAACAAGAAAACCAAAUUUUUCUACCAGAGCCUUUUGAAACUUCAGGGCCAUGCAAGGAUAAUGGUCAUGGGGCUACAGAGACUCAUAGUGAAGCCACGAUGCAAAGAGGAGAAAAAGAACCUACCGGAGACACGGUGGAGCAUUUAGGUUUAGAUGACUCAUGGAGCACACCCGAGGAACGAAAGCGAUGCUCUACUGCCCCUCACCUUCAAUGGGCCAAGAACGUGGUGAGCGAGAUCCUGGGUCAAAAGUCAGCGGACACAGAAAAUACAAGAGGUAGUGUGACACACAUAGACAUUCAAACCAACACACAAACAGAGGGUGCAAGAGAAAUGGACAAAUCAAGGAAAGAGGAAGAAAUAAUUGAGGGAGGAGAAGAACAACAGGGAGGGAUAGAGAGAGAGUUGAAUGAGAAAUGUGACUGGCUGGAUCCUAGUUCUAACCACCACAACCAGGUUUCCUCAGAAGGAGAGGCAGAGGAGAUGGUAGUAGAAGUAUCUAAGAAUAAAGAUAGUAUUGAGAAGGUUGUUCUAAGCUCUAGUAGUUUUCAUGAUUUGGGGAAUGAAGCUCGCGUAAGGAGGCGAGGGUUCCGAAAGUCAGCUGAAAAAAACAAAGAAGAGGAAGAGGAUGAGGAAGAGGGAGGAGGAGCUGGAAGGGAUCGAAGGACAAGAAUAUUCAACAACUCAGAUGAUAAAGAGGAUGAAUUAUGUUUAACCUGGAGUGAAAUGGAUCUAAGGAAACUUGGGAGGACAAAAAAGAGGAAUUCUAAAUUCUUUAACUCUCAGUUGUAUCAGGAAUACAGCGAGGUGGUCCAGAACAGAGAGAUCCUGCUGUCUCAUUCUGAUUCUCUAUCAAUAAGUGCAUCUUCCUCUCCAAAUCAUUCCCCUAAACUAUCACGCAGACCUCUCCCACCUCUCCCUCAGGUCUUUCUACACCCCACUCUGGCCAACUCCUUUAAAAGUCUUGAGGUGCCUCAGCAAUCCGUAAACAGAUCCCCGUCCCCUCGCCUGUCCAUCUCUGCUUCCUCAACCUCACUGUGGCAGGAUCUCCCCGGAGUGAGGAACAGCCCAGACUUGGAGGAACUUACUGAGGAUGAGAGGCGUCUGCAGGAGGUGAGGUUUGAGGUCGUGACCUCUGAGGCAUCAUACUGUCGCAGUUUGGACAUCGUAGUGGAGAACUUCGUCAUGUCCAAACAGCUCAACGUUAUCCUGUCUUCACAAGACAAAAACUGGCUGUUCUCCAGGCUAAAUGACGUUAGAGCCAUCAGUCACAGUUUUCUCUCUAAGCUGGAGGAAGCAGUGGAGAAGGACAUAACGCGCUUUACUGUCUGUGACAUCAUUAUCAAACACUGUCCACGAUUCCGAAAUGUGUAUGUGCCAUACCUUACCAACCAAUCAUAUCAGGACAAGACAUAUCAAAGACUAAUGGAGGAGAGUCAAGAAUUCCGCAGAGUUGUGGAAAAGUUAGAGCGCAACCCGGUUUGUCAACGACUGCCUCUACGGUCUUUCCUCAUUCUGCCAUUUCAAAGAAUCACACGCCUGAAAUUGCUUGUGCAGAAUAUUGUAAAGAGAACUGCUCCAAAAACCAAGGAUGAAGCACAGGCCAUUAAGGCCAUGAAACUACUUGAGAAGAUGAUCCAGGACAGUAAUGAAAGUAUCUCUCAAAUGAAGAACAUUGAGUCACUUGUGACCCUCAAUGCCAAAGUUGACUUUGAGUGCAGGACUCUUCCAUUGAUCAGCCAGUGCCGCAGACUGGUACGAGAGGGACCUGUGACUGAACUGAGAGACUUUUCUAUAAAAGACAGGGAAGAAGAGAGGAAUGUUUAUAUGCACCUUUUCAAUGACUAUCUCCUGGUCUCUUUGCGGAAAGAAGGGGGUAGGUUUACAGUUAUCGACCAUGCACCUGUGUCCGAGCUGCGGGUUGAGAACUGCAAGUUCAAACUGCAUUCCUUAAAAAAAAACCUGUUCCAUCUGCACAUGCCGCAAAAAGCCCUGCUCUUGCGGACAGAUACACAAGCCAAUAAACUGCGCUGGAUCUCAGCACUCUCUAGACCUUAUCCUGAGAUCGACUUCAGUGCAGUUCAGGGUAAGGGCACUUCCUGCUUUAAAAGAUCUGUAGAGUCAAAGUAA